AUGUCAGUCAUGAAGCCCUAUUUAAUGACCAUUGCCAUCCUUCUGAUUCUGGUUCAAAAGACUCCAGGUGGCCUGUUCAGAUCCAACAAUAACAAGAAGAAAGAGAUGUGGUAUCCAUGUGAGCUUUACCAGGGCAAGUGCAGAAACACCUGCAGAAACUACGAGGUGCGGUACUUUUCCUGCCUACCUGACCUCAAGUGCUGCCUGAAAUUGUCUUCUGAUGUAGCCGGAGCGGACUCCGACUCCAGGAAGGAAGACUCCAGCCUCAGCUCCAACCUCAGCUCCAGCCUGUCCGUCAUGAACACGUCCAGCUAUGCCCCGAGCUGA